AUGGUCAACAAGGGGAAUAAACUUCAGAGCCUGUCAAAAGGGUUUGUUCUGCUCAGCAUAAUGACACUCAAGACCAAUGCCAUCGACACGGUCAACGUGAUGGACUUCUGUGGUGAGAACAUCCAGGGCAACGGGAUGAUUGUCAACUCACACCAGGAGUCCAAGAAGUACUACUUUGUCACCAUGGGAACAGACUGCCACUUCACUAUGCAGGCAGCCUCCCCCAAGGACAAGGUACAGUUCCACUUCCGCUUCUUCCUGGUCUACAGCCUGCUUCGUUUAGCACCCCAAAGUCCCACCCCCCUCUUCCCUGAGUCCCCCGGGGACCUCCAAUUGGAGCCUUCGAAUCCAGUGGUGGAGCCAAGGGACCCGUGUCAUGCGGGGUCAUACAUUCAGUUCUAUGAUGGGCGGGACAAGAACUCGCCUCCAAUUGGGCCACCGCUGUGUGGGAAGAGCCCACCCCGUCCGGUGCUGUCCACAGGGAAUCACCUGACCCUGCGUCUGGUAACCCGCGGUACCCAGCCAAGAGUGGACUUUGUGGGGGACUUUACCUCCUUCAGACUGGGUUUUAACCAAUCCGCGUGCAGCGGCGAACCUUAUUUCCCAUGUCGCAAUGGGAAGUGUAUCCCCAUGAGUCUGGUGUGUGACGACAAGGGCAUUGAUAACUGUGGGGACGGGAGCGACCUGGAGGAUCACAUGCCCUCAGGGUGCAAAGGUCACUUAGCAGGUCAGCUGGCUCCAGCCCAAGCCACUUCCCCAGCAGUGACCCCAACCCCUCCUGUCUUAAACCCGACAACUUUUCCCAUGUCCACCUAUAGGAACUGUGGCACUCCGGACGGCGUACCCAAUCACGACUCAGUGACAGACUCUACACCCUAUCUGUCUCUGCUGGCGCUCUUCAUCACCCUGGGUGUGAUAGCUGGUUUGGUCCUGCUGUGUUGGUGCUGCUGGUCUCCAGGCUGGUUCCUCUGCAGGAUCAUUGUCUGCCGCUUCCUACCCUGCUGUAACUCAGCCUGCGCCUCCUGCAAGCUCUGUGCCCGAAGCUGUUCCCAGAACAAGGAGCAUCGACUGGCUAAGGUUUCACCACAAGGACAGGUCACAAUCAACAAUGCCGCCUUGGCCCCCCUCACCACAGCCACGGCUAGCGCAACUACUGUCACUGUGUAGGGAGUCGCUAUAUAGCGUAGGACUAUUAUCGCUAUGUAGGGUAGCCACCAUGAUGGUUAACAGUGAGACAGAUGGACUCAUGGACAUGAUGACCCAGAUUUCAUGUUCUAGACUGAUGGACUGAGAUGAGACACAUCUUUUUGCUAGUUUACAAGAAUGUCAUGGAAGAAGGGGUACUGCAGGGUGUACAUUUGCAUUUUCAGUGGAAAUGAGACAUUGUCAUUAUCUUCUCCCCACAUUUGGACAGUUCUUAAAAUGGGGGAGGCUUCACUUUUGAAUGUUUCACUCACUGUAUGAUCCGCUAAAUCCGCUACACUCAAAUUGGUAUGAUUUGUUUUUUCCUUAAGUAAUCCUCUGUCUUAUGUAACCAUACCAAAUGUAUGUAUUAACAUAUCAUACGUAUUUAAAAUUUGUAACAUAUUGUAUGAAUUGCAAUUCGUAACAUAUCAUACAAGUUGCAAUUCGUAAAAUACCAUACAAAUGGUCAUUUCUAACAUAUCACACGAAAUGGGUGAUGGACAACCACAAAUGAAUACCAAACGUAACAUAUCACACUAAUUUGAGUGUCCUGGAUUUUAAUUUACAGGUUUUACAGAGUCCAGGUUGCUUCUUCUGACUAUUUUGUAUUUAAAUGUGCUAGUUGACCAACGUAGGAGGUUAUUUUCUGAACGUAGCGUAACCCAGGUUCACCUAUUCAAUUCUAUCAAGGUUGGCAUAAGACUCCUUUACAAAAGCAUGAGAAAUUCCACUCCCCUCAACUUUUCACUCCCCUCAACCUGCUCCCACUGAAAUGUUAUCUUCCCACACGUGUAAGCCCGUUACUCAGCAGGGACUCGACCCAUCUGCUGAAAAAUACAUUGUUUUGCUGCGGGAAACCAUACAUACUGUAUGUCACACUCAUGUCUGCCAUGUAAACUCAUCCUGCCUAGAUUGAGUAGACACAUAACCUUUCUUGGGUUUCCCGCUGUGCUAGUUGUGUAACUAGAUUACACAGUGCCCCCACCUUUAUCUUUUGAGUGAUUUGGAGAGGUGCUCUCGAGGCUUCUUAAGGAUGACACAUGCUUGACUAAAUGCUGAGUUUUUCUCUUCUGAGUUGCCAAGUGACAAUUGAAGCUAUGGUCCUGCCAACCUCUCAAACUCUCCCUCCCUCUCUUUCUUAGAGACUUAAGAUACACAAAUAUACCUGACACUUUAUUCAUGAGGUCAUGAACUAAGCUGGAAGAGAUGACAAUGAACAACAGGUGCAUUAGUAUAAUUUUAUACACUAGGGCGUCUUUCUAACUUUCAGAUAUGAUACCAUAAAACAUGUGUUCUCAACACCACAAACAAGAGGACAUAGGGGUUUGAUUGUGUCACACAGCCAAAAUUAUUUGUGUCCCCAGAACUACUGUGUAAAUACAUUCUUUCCCGUAGAUGUUUCCAAUGUUUCAAUGUAUUCAGAAUGCUAAAGUGAUGUCAACCACUAACUUUUGUAUUAUUGACAACCUCCAUAUUCAAAAGUAAAGUGUUCG